UUUUGACUGUAUUAGCAUUGUUUUCAAUUGAUGGCGGAAUUUAAAAUGCAUUUCAUGGAAGACCCGGUGCUUUCUGAUGCCGCAAACUCACUGGAUCUGUUGCAUAAAAGGCGUUAUGAGGAAAAGCUUCGUUCUAUACAGUCGCCAGAUCCAUAUUUGAUGCCCAAAUCGAUGUUUUUCGACCCACUGUCUUCGCCCUGUCUGCCUGACAUCUGCUACGCAGAUAUUUACAAUUAUCUUGUCCACACUAAAUCAACCUAUUCUCACGAAAAUAUGAAAAACUUCAAGAGCUUGGAGGCUUAUAAAUACUUCGUUGCUGGUUGGGUGAAACAGGUCCUCGUCCACGAAAAUUCGGCAGGAAUCUAUCUUGUGCUUGGAAAGACUAAAGGGGUCAUGUUCGAGGACCUCGCUGGAGUGUGGGAGGUCGCGCUGAGCGACGGGGUCCACAGAAUCGUUUUCGUACACGGGUAUGCCACCGGCAAGAGGAUCGUUUACGUCGACGGAAAGGAGGUGCUGAAGCGGGUCUGGAUGUUCGUGCUGGCAGGCAAGGAAACAUUCAAGAUGGGCAAAUUGGACAGCCAAGGCACCAUCAUCAUAAAGGACAAUGGUUUAGCCUGCGAAUACACUCUUGAGAUCAACGGCAAGAGUCUGAAAAACAUACAGAACAGGGAAGAAGUGAUGAACAACUGGUUGCUCGACCUCGAUAUAAAGGAUGCAAGGGUGGUCUUGGCGAGCAUGUCCGCCGACCUCGCUGGCGUGUGGGAGGUCGCGCUCAGCGACGGGGUCCACAGAAUUGCCUUCGAGCACGGCACGACCACCGGCAAGAGAGUCAUCCACGUCGAUGGAAAGGAGGUGUUGAGGAGAGAUUGGAUGUUCAAAUUGGUGGGGAAAGAGACGUUCGUGGUGGGCAAGCUGGACACAAAAGCCACCAUAAACAUUGAUGCAGUGAGUGGGUUUGCCUAUGAGUACACUCUGGAGAUCAAUGGCAAGAGCCUGAAGAAGUACAUGGAGAACAGGGCCAAGGUGACAAGCACCUGGUUGCUCAACCUCGACGGGACGGAUUCAAGGGUGGUUUUGGAAAAAGACACCAUGGAUAUUUGGUGUAACGGACAGAAGAUUGAGACUGCAGGUGAAUUUGUGGAAGAUGGCACAGAAACCCACUUCACUCUGGGCGAGCACAACUGCUGCGUGAAGGCGGUGAGCAGCGGAAAGCGACGAGAUGGACUCAUUCACACACUUCUAGUGGACGGAGCGGAGAUAGCUGAAUGCACUGAGUGACUUUUGGCUCAACUUUUAUAUAGCUAUUUAUAACAAGAGCCAUAAAUAUUUGAGAUGUGAUGUUUCAAUGUCCUAAAUAUCUAAUAGAAGUUUCAUGGACCUGCUGUUUGGUUAUAUGUAGAAAACACUGGAACAACUCAUUGGUACUGUAUUGUGAAAACAUGUUGACUUCAUUGUGUAACUGCUGAAAAGCCACUAUAGAGAAACUGUAUUUUUUUAUUACAUUUUCGUUUUUUUAAUCGACUCAUAUGUCUUGCCUGAAUCAGAUCCAUCGCAAUUCCCAGGAUCCCAUUCAAUACCUUAUUGGCCCGAAUAUAAGACUGUGUUUUUUGAAUUGAAAUAAGACUGAAAAAGUUGGGUUUGUCUUAUAUUCGCGGUCUAGACAUUAUACCCAUUCACGACGCUAGAUGGCGCCAGAUAUCAUUGGAGCGACGUUCUGUCAUGACAGAUCUCAGCUAAGUUUAACCAGUUUACAUUAUUUUAUUGCAAUGUUUUUCCUUAUUCAGAAUUGUUUCAAGACUACAGUUACAGUUAGACUUUAUUGCAAUUUUGUUGUUUUAUCACAAUAGAAUGGUUUAUUGACAUUUCAAAAACCUGAAGCCAUUAAUUUACGAAUGUGAUUGCACUUUAGUUUACAUAUUUAAAUGUUCAAUAUAUUAAGAUUUGAAUGAGGCAAAAUAACAUGCUUUUUAUCUCAAAUAUAUUGUAAUAAUCAUGUUUCAGAUGUACUGUAAUUAUUUUCUGUAUAAAAAUUAAUUUGGUGUUCAAAAAGUUUUUUUCUAACUUGAGUCUUGAAAAAGAGGGGGUCGUCUUAUAAUCAGGGCCUUCUUAUAUUCGGGCCAAUUCGGUAUUUCAUCAAUUCAACGAGUUCCACAGCAUUUCCACUAGAAAUUUGGUAGGCAUGUCCAUCAUAGGAAUUCUCUAUUCAAUAAUAACAAGCUAUGCAGGCUAUUAUAGCUUCAAUCUUUCUUGGGUCCUUUUGGCAUUUUUCAGAGUUCCAACAUGAACUUGUACUUGUGAAUUCCUUUCCGAUUGCUACCAACUAUGACAGAUAUAUAGUGACGAAUUUGAGGUUUUUGUCUAUUUUCUUGUCAAGCAUCUCUGUGGUGUUACUUGAAUAACAUAUUAAUGGUGAUUCUGGUCUCCACUUUUAAAGUAAAUACAGUAUAUGCUAUUUGUUUAGAUAACGUGUGUCAUUUCUGAGUAGUAUCCUUAAUAUCCUGCAACUGGUUUAGUAAUGUUAAUGGAAAUGAAAUAUGAAUGUUGUUUCAUAAAUAUUUCUUGUAGUAAAAACUUAAAACUGUA